AUGAUUCUUUUAAAUGGUAGAUCUUCACGUUUCAAGCUCCAUAAAUUGCGAAUUCUAUCGUAUAAAUUUCAUAGUCUGACCAAUGACAUUAAAAACCAUUCUAAUCACAUAGAGCACUUCUUAAAUGACAAUAAUGUAGAAAACGGAGAUUCCGAUGAUGAAUCCUCCUCAUAUGAUCAUACAUCCGCAGAUUCCUCAACAUUCGUUUCCGAUUUUUCAGAAUUUUCUGGAAUUUUAAACAAAAGACUACUCAAAUCACUAGAAAACAAUGGAUUUGUCAGAAUUACGCAUAUUCAGAGGUCAUCCAUCCCCAAAGUAUUGAAUGGAUCAACUACAUUGAUCAGGAGUCCUUCGGGAACAGGAAAAACACUGACUUUUAUAGUACCCGCACUUCAAAGGCUAAUUGAUCCUCCAGAUAAUAUGAAGAUUACUAGAAAGGAUGGAACUAAGGUCCUCAUUAUCACUCCAACUAGAGAACUGUCGUUUCAGAUUUCUAAGGUGGCAGAAAAUUUAUCAAAACCGUUUCCCUGGAUAGUAGUAUCAUGCAUUAAAGGUGGAGAGAGCAGAAAAUCAGAAAAGGCCAGAAUCAGAAAGGGAAUCACUGUGGUGAUAGGUACCCCGGGAAGGGUGUUGGACCACAUAGAAAGUACAUCGUCAUUUAAGUUAGACAACCUGGAGAUGUUGGUUUUGGACGAAGCAGAUCGGUUGCUUGACAUGGGAUUUGAAAGUAAAAUAAGGACAAUACACAGCUAUUUACUGGAUUCGAAGAAGUCGAAUCGAGAAAAUUCUGGGAUCCAAAUAGUCCUAACAUCAGCAACAAUAACAGAAAGAGUAAGGAAUUUGGUUGAAACAUGUUUUGAUUCCAAACCGCAAAUAAUUGGUUUGAACGAAGAAAGCAGUGAAAUUCCAACUAAACUAAGAUUGGAGUACGUCUUGGUGGACUGCAACAACAAAUUCAUGUGCCUGAUCUCACUACUCCUAAAGUUCGUUAAAAACCGUGAAAAGAUUAUUGUUUUCGUUUCGAACUGCGAUACUGUAAACUACUUUUAUAUGCUCUUAAAGUCAUUAACGUGGCCAACAUUAAACAAAUCAGAUAAAAAAGAAACGAACCCGUUAAGAAAUUUUGAUAAAUCCAUAUUAAGUUCUGAAAAUCAACACCUAUUAAGUAACGGUUUUGACAUAAACAAGAAUAGUAAAAACAAUAUAUUCAAAGUGCCGAUUUUCAAAUUACACGGUGAUAUGGAAUCGAGUGAAAGAUUCCCAUACAUGGAGCAGUUCAUCAAUUCUGAAUGCUCGAUUUUGAUAUCAACGGAUGUGGCAUCGAGAGGACUGAACUUUUCAAAAGUUGAUCGAGUGAUUCAAUACGACCCCCCGCAGCAACUUGAUGAAUUCAUACACAGAUCAGGAAGAACUGCUAGAAUCGGUGAUUCAGGAACCUCUAUUCUGGUUCUGAUUAGACACGAAGUAGAAUUUGUAAAACUGCUUAAUAAAAGGGGAAUGAAAUUAGACGAGUUAUCUGAAAAUUCAGUCUGGAAUGAAAUUAAGCUGUUAAACUGUCCAAAGUAUUUGAAAAAAUUCAAGGGAGACUUGGUUGGGUUCAUGAGAAACAGGAUUUGUAUUGACGUUAAGGAAGAUGAUGGUCUCUUAGAUCUUGGGAAAAAAGCGUUCAUGUCAUCAAUAAGGUCAUACAAGACAUAUUCAAAGGAACUGAGGAAAGUAUUCAACUUCAGGAAUUUACACCUGGGACACUAUGCAACGUCAUUAUGCCUGAACAUGAAGCCGACGGAGUUGAUGAAUAGAAAUCGUAAAGAUUACAACGACCAAAACGUUUUAAAAGACCCUAGAAAUUCAACAAAGAGGAAAAAUAAGUCUAAAACACACUCUGAUAGACCAGUGAAGCAGCCUAAGAUAACGUUGAGUGAAGAAUCAAAUAAAGCAGCUGAACUAGCUCUAAAAUACUUGAAGGAACAUAAAAUGAUUUUGUAA